AUUUAGGGCUGUUAUUAUUGUUUCAUAUAUUAUGCAGAUAGUAUCCUAUCAGCUCCACUACAACUACAAGCUCGAACGUUUACAUUGGAUAAGUCCAAUAGCUCACGGGCAAUGAAAUCCCCUAGAUAGGAACUUAGGCACUAUAUAAAGUUCAUCAGGGGAGAGUCUUUUCUCAAUCCCAGAACUGACUGAACUAAUUUUAUGCCAUCCAUGGAGGUUUCGAGCAUCAAUGUCGAGUCCCAGCGGGAUACGAAGUUCGCCCUGCCCGUGGACUCUGAGCACAAGGCAACGGUGUUUCCGCUCUUCUCGUUUGCGAAGCCCCACAUGAGAGCGUUCCACCUGUCGUGGGUCUCCUUCUUCGCGUGCUUCGUCUCCACGUUUGCGGCGCCGCCCCUGCUUCCCGUGAUAAGGGACAACCUCAGCCUGACCGCCACUGACAUCGGGAACGCUGGGAUUGCCUCGGUGUCGGGGGCAGUAUUCGCUCGUGUGGCAAUGGGGACGGCCUGCGACCUCUUUGGUCCCCGGCUGGCCUCUGCCUGCCUGUGCCUACUCACAGCCCCAGCAAUGUACUGUUUUGCCGUGGCCAACUCCGCCGUCUCCUUCCUCCUGGUCCGGUUCUUCGUGGGUUUCUCCUUGGCCACGUUCGUGUCGACCCAGUUCUGGAUGAGCUCAAUGUUCUCUCCUCGUGUGGUGGGGUCUGCGAACGGGGUGGCAGCCGGGUGGGGUAACCUUGGAGGCGGGGCAACGCAGCUCAUCAUGCCCCUUGUGUUUGUGUUGAUCCGGGACAUUGGGGCCGUCAAGUUCACUGCCUGGAGGAUAGCAUUCUUCAUACCGGCCCUAUUCCAGACCUUGUCCGCCUUCGCCGUCGUGCUCUUCGGGCAGGACAUGCCUGAUGGCAACUUUCACAAGCUUGAGAAGGCCGGGGAAAAGGCCAAGGACAAGUUCUCCAAGGUGUUCUACCACGGAGUCACGAACUACCGGGCAUGGAUCUUCGCACUCACCUAUGGGUAUUGCUUCGGGGUCGAGCUCACCAUAGACAACAUCAUUGCAGAGUACUUCUACGAUCGGUUCAACCUCAAGCUCCACUCUGCAGGACUGAUUGCAGCCUCGUUUGGUCUCGCGAACUUCUUCUCUAGGCCGGGAGGAGGGAUCUUCUCUGACAUGAUGGCAAGGAAGUUCGGGAUGAGGGGAAGGCUUUGGGCUCUGUGGAUCGUGCAGACCCUGGGAGGCGUCUUCUGCAUCAUUCUCGGUGUAGUGAGCUCCCUUUGGGCAUCGAUCUUCGUCAUGAUCUUAUUCUCUAUAUUCGUCCAGGCCGCCUGUGGUCUCACUUUCGGGGUUGUCCCUUUUGUCUCCCGAAGGUCGCUGGGGGUGAUCUCGGGCAUGACUGGGGGAGGAGGCAACGUGGGAGCAGUGCUCACGCAGCUGAUCUUCUUCAAAGGGUCGAAAUACUCGAAGGAAACGGGGAUCACGCUGAUGGGAGUUAUGAUCAUAGCCUGCACUAUCCCCAUUAUGUUCAUAUACUUCCCGCAGUGGGGUGGAAUGUUCUGCGGGCCAUCGUCGAAGAAAGAAGCGACCGAGGAGCACUACUACAAGGCAGAGUGGAGCGAGGAGGAGCAGAGCCAAGGGUACCAUCUCCAGAGCAUGAAGUUCGCCAAUAACAGCAGGAGCGAGCGGGGCAGCAGGGGAGGACCUGUUGCGGCCUCCCAGGUCGAAGAUAACUACUAAGAAACCCGAAUUCGUAAGCAUGUCACAGAGAUAAAUAAUAAUAAGAACCUAGAACGUAUAUAAUUUUGAAUUGUAUUGUCUUGUGAUUGUUAGUGUGAAAUUGUAAGUUCUGCUGCUCUUUCAUAUUAUUAUUAUUAUUAUUAUUAUUAUUAUUAUUAUGUGUUCAGUUGAGUUGUAUGGAGUUAGGGGUAAUGCAUGAAUCGAAGAGUUCGUACGUGAUCAAACCAAAGCUCUCAUCCUCCUCUUUUUGGUCCCUUUUUAUUUUUGUUGGUAUUUUGAGC